GCCGCGCCGCCAGCCGCCGGGGAGCUCGGGGCUCCGGGCGCCGAGGCUGCGCUGUCACAUGGGCGGCGGCGACGGGGCCGCACUGAAGCGGCCGGGGGACGGCGCCCGCCUGCAGCGCGUCCUCGGGCUGGGCUCCCGCCGGGCGCCCAGCAACCUGCCCGCCGGGGGCCCCGCGCCGCGCCGCCCCGCGCCGCCCCCGCCGGGCCAUGCGAGCGCGGGCCGCGCCGCGAUGAGCUCGCACAUCGCCAAGAGCGAGUCCAAGACGUCGCUGCUGAAGGCGGCGGCGGCGAGCGGGGGCAGCCGGGCGCCCCGCCACGGCCCGGCCCGGGAGCCCGGGCUGCUGCCCGGCCGCCGGCUGCCCGACCCGUGCCCGGGCACGCCGCCGCCGUCCGGGGACCCCAGUUCGCGGAGGCCCCUGUGCCGGCCCGCGCCGCGGGAGGAGGGCGCGCGGGGGCGCCGCCGCGGGCUGCCCCCCGCGCACUGCAGGCCCCGGGAGGCGCUGCCCGCCGCGGCGCCCCGACCUCCGCCGCCGUCGCCGCUGCCGCGGGUCCGCGGGCGGGACGGGGAGGAACGGGCGCCGUCCCCGGCGCUCGGCCUCCGGGGCUCGCCGCGCGCCCCGGCUCGCGGGGACUCGGCUCCCGGCGCCGCGUCCGAGGCGGACCCGUUCCUCCACCAGCUGCGCCCCAUGCUCAGCUCCGCCUUCGGCCAGGACCGGUCUCUGCGCCCGGAGGAGAUCGAAGAGCUCCGGGAGGCCUUCCGGGAAUUUGACAAGGACAAGGACGGCUACAUCAACUGCCGGGACCUGGGCAACUGCAUGCGCACCAUGGGCUACAUGCCCACCGAGAUGGAGCUCAUCGAACUCUCCCAGCAGAUCAACAUGAACUUGGGUGGCCACGUGGAUUUUGAUGACUUCGUGGAGUUAAUGGGACCCAAACUCCUGGCAGAGACGGCGGACAUGAUCGGAGUAAAGGAGCUGCGAGACGCCUUCCGAGAGUUUGACACCAACGGUGACGGAGAGAUCAGCACGAGCGAGCUGCGUGAGGCCAUGAGGAAGCUCCUGGGACACCAGGUGGGACACCGAGACAUAGAGGAAAUCAUCCGAGACGUGGACCUCAAUGGGGAUGGACGAGUGGACUUUGAAGAGUUCGUCCGGAUGAUGUCCCGCUGAGGCCAGGAGGGCCCAUCCAGGACUGCCAAACUCCCCCACCGGGAGAGGAGGAACUGCGGCCCGCUGCAGCCCGCCGCAGCCAUGGAGAGCCCAGGAUGGACUGGUGGAAUGGGGCCUGCCUGCUCUCCGGGGAGGCGCCCACCCCGGACCCCCACCCCUGCACUGUGAAAGACUCACAACUCCUGCAACUGGAAAGGGAGGCGCCAGCGCCGAGGAGGCCCCAGUGCCAAGCCGGCAGAGGUCCUGCCAGGCGCCAAGUGCCAUGGACCCGGCCGCUGCUGGCUGGGCGGGCCAGGGAGCCAGCCAGCAGCCCAAACAGCAUGCCCGCUCCUGGGGGGCUCUGCUCACCGCAACCCCCGCCCCUGCUCUUGGCUCUAUGCCCGUUCUAGCUCAUCCCGGCCCUGUUAUCUCCCAACCAAUAAAGGCAUUUCCAAGGGAGAGGUGACUGUG